CUUCAACAUUGUGACAGCUAAAGUCUAUGGUCGCCACAGUCACCAUUAUAUCUUGAACUCAGGGCUCACUUUGAGCCUGUUGGAAAUCCCAGGAGUCGACUUUUGUGGAGGGUUCAAACAACCUUUGGCUGUGACCUUUCACGGGGUGCUUUUACCGCAUUUCUUCCGCACAGAGAGGACGCCAUGUACUUUGUACCAGCUUUUCAUCGAUGACCGCGCGGUUGAAGCUGGCUCCUUUCCCGCUUCUCUUUCGAGUUCUCGACACAUUGCAUUGACACCACAUUGACACCACAAAUCCUUGAAGUUGGAUCAAGGAUGGCGGCACCAGCCGGUGGAGCCAAUCUAGAGGACAUCCUAAGGACUCUAGCCAGUUUGACUUCGAACCAAAAUACUACACAGCAGCCACAGCCUGUUGCUCACACGUCAUCGUUUUCUACCUGGCCUGAACCUGCUUCUCAACAGCAUGCAGUCAGCCAAGACAUUGGAUUCUACAUCAAUAGUACUUCGCUAGACCCGAGAUUGAAUGGCCGUCCCCUCCCCCAACAGUAUGAAACCCCGAAACCCCGAGCGCCUAUCAUCAAUCCUGCUACCAUUAUUGAGUGGAAGUUCGCCAUCCGCUGCGUCACCAAGAUUGGCCAACAGAAUCCAGGUUUUGCCCAAUCCAUUCAAAAGCUGAUCAAGAACCAAGAGCAAAGCGUCAAGGGCUGGGGCCUUGGCCGGGAGCGCCUGAUCGAGGAGCAAACGAAAAAAAGGGAGAACGAGCAGACAAACAGGGCAGUCUUGUCUCUUCCAGGAAUGCUUGAUGGCGUUGCACCACUUCGUACACCUGAGUGCGAUCAAGAAGAGCUCGAUCACUAUGAUCGCAAAGUUUAUCGGGCCUAUCAAGCGAUGGUUACACACCACUCGAGUGAACUCAAACAACUCGGCGUUCCCUUCUUCGGCGUUAGGCCGGACCUGAUUCUUCCGGAUGGUGCCGACCCCAAGCCCGAGAUGAUCACCAAGAAAGAACUUUUGGCAUUGCAGCGGAAGAUGUUGAAGCACCUCAAGGACAUGUACGGGGAGUAAAGUGUCCCGUCGGAACCUUUAAAGCACUAGUUAGAGUUAAGCAUAAGUGGGUUGAAUGGAUAGUAAGCCUUUU